AUGUCGUCGCUCAAUGAGCGUCGGCGAGACCAUGCUGAGAACGUAAGUGGCACAGCAACGAUAUGUAUGAGGUACGCCCACGCGAGGUCCGAGGAGUGGCUGCGCGAUCUCACGGCGCUACUCGAGCAGCAUCCGCACGCCCUCGUGGGUGAAAUUGGGCUCGACAAGGUGGCCCGCACUCCCGACACCAGAAGGGUGGAGUGGGACGAUCAGCUGGAGGUCUUCCAGGCCCAGAUGGAGCUGGCCGCGAGGAUGUCUCGGCCGGUCUCAGUGCACUGCGUUAAGGCCCACGGGAAGCUAGUGGACUACCUUCGAGGGUUGAUGGAGCGCAAGACCGGGCGUUCGCCAGCUGGGGGGCAGAAAGAGGAGUACAAUGGCAUGGGAGGGGAGGGAAAGCGGUGGCGACUUCCGCCGCGAAUCGCACUGCACUCCUUCACGGGAUCAGUGGAGGUCGCCAAGGACAUUACAAGGCUCGGCGCGCGGAGGGACUACGGUAGCGAGGUUUUCUUUGGGUUUUCGGCGGCGGUGAACAUGCGGGGUGACCGUGAGACGAAACGCUUGGUCGGUGAGUGUGAGCAUCGGCAAGCGUGUUGGUGA